AUGGAGAUUUUGGACGAGAUUGACCGAACGCGGCAUCAGCAGAAGGCUUUGGACGCUGAUGUGGAGGCCGCUUGCAAACGCAUGAUCGAUAAGAAAUUCGAUAAUAAGCUGCUGGACGAGCUGGAGAGCCUUGAGAAGCAAGAAGUCGAUCUCGAAAACAAGCACAUGCGCCUCUGCAGGGACUAUCUCACCCUCAAGCAGAAGGUGCGUCGUGAGGUGUUGAAGAAGGAAAAGGACAAACUCGCGGUGCCUGCCAUUGUGGUGGAUGAGAUCCUCGACAGCGCCUCUCUUUCAGUCAUUGAGACGCGCGUGUUCGGCAAAUCUACAAAGUCGUACCUGACCAAGGGCGAAGAGCUCACGCACGAUCUCUCGACGUGGGAGUUGGAUCCCUCCGAGAUCAAGGUCUUCGAGAAGCAGAAGCUGGGCAAGGGCACGUUCGGAUCCGUCGUGAAGGGCCAGCUGCGCGGUAAGACCGUGGCAGUGAAGACGAUCGACGCCAACUGGAAGUCCGAUGGCGAAGUCCACACCAAGAUUCUCGACGACUUCCGUAACGAGUGUGCUGUCAUGACGAAGCUUCUUCAUCCCAAUGUACUGCUGUUGAUGGGCGUGUGCCUGGAGCCCGAGCAGGGAAAGCUGAUCAUGGUCACCGAGCUCAUGCCCCGCGGAUCCGUGUUCGAUCUGCUUCACAACAGCGACGAUGAGAUUUCGUUCAAGCAGAGGAUGCGCUUCGCCCGCGACACUGCCUUGGGCGUGAACUGGCUGCACCUCUCCAAUCCUCCCAUCUUGCAUCUCGAUCUCAAGACCCAGAAUAUCCUGGUGGAUGAGAACUGGGUGGCCAAGGUAGCCGACUUUGGUCUUUCGCGCAUCAAGAAGAAGGACCAGAAGGGCGCUGUCGGCAGUCCCCUCUACAUGGCUCCCGAAGUUUUGGCGGAGCAGCCCUACAGCGAAAAGGCCGAUGUGUACAGUUUUGGCAUCAUCUUGUGGGAGCUCCUCACCCAAAUGAUUCCCUACGAGGACAAGGACUUCGAGACUGUGGCAGAUGUGUUCCGCUAUGUUGUGAAGCAGCAGAAGCGCCCGACCAUGCCUGACCACUGCCCGGCGCGACUCGCGAAGCUUAUCGGAGCGUGCCUGGAGCAUGACCCCCGCAAGCGUCCCUCUUUCAAAACGAUCCUCGAGGGCCAAGUGCUUGAUGAAAUCAUGCUGGACGCCAUCAUCAGCGAUGCCAACUCACUGGCACGCGAGUUUUGGCUCAAGUCCUUCAAGACCAGGGAGGGCACCAUCCGCGACAGCGUACCCUGGAAGGAAUUCGCUAAGACCUUCAUCAAGUACUGCAGCAUUCAGCUGCCAAAGAAGACCACGUGGAAGGACGCUCUCAUAAUCAAGGCGCUUCACCUUGUCUUGGUCCCCAACGCUGCUGACUCCACCGGAGGCCAGGUUUCGAUUGAGGACUUUGGCAAUGUGCUCGAGUGGUUCGGGCCUUUCACUCCCGACGAGACCUUCCCCAAGCGGGUUCAAGACAUCAUUAAGAUGAACGGCUUCUACGGUGACAUCACGAGUGAGAACGCUGAACGUCAGAUGGCGGGCAAGAAGGUGGGCACCUACAUCAUCCGCUUCAGCUCCAAGCCCGGCUACUACACCGUUACUGCCAUGGAGAGCGAGGGUCAGCUCAAACACUACCGAAUCAAGCACCGAGCGGGCAGCGGCUUCACGCUGGGCUCGCAGGAGUAUCCCACCCUCAAGGAGCUUCUCAAGGCUCGCAAGAAGGACCUCGGCCUCAAGCGAGCGCUGAUGGGUUCCAAGUACGCGCAACUCUUUGUCGCUCACGACUCGCACAUGGACGCCGACUACGCUCGCCUGGCCGACUGA